UAAGACAUCAAUACCAGUUUGUUACCUUAAUUUUAGACCUAAUUUGUAAAUGGUUGCCGGACCAGAUUAAACUGCAUAACGGACCACAAUGUGGUUCGCGGGAAUUAGUUUGCCCACCUCUGUCCUAUAAGGUCAUCUGGAUAUGGCUCAGAAUGCAGAUGCUCGAAUGCAGAUAGUCUCGAAUGCAGAUGGUUUCACUUUGGUCAAUAGCCUUUUGCACUCAUUUAACCGACAUGACAAGUAUUUUUUAUGUAUUUUUCAGGGUAAUUCCAGGACACUGGCUUUGAUGGUGACUUGCACAGCCAUAGGGGGAACACUACAAUAUGGUUAUAAUCUUGCUAUUAUGAAUGCACCAACCACUUAUAUUCAGACUUUCAUCAAUGAAACGUUUUUGGAACGAUGGGGCAUGGAAUUGGAGUUGUAUGAGGUCACUCUGAUCUGGACAUUCAUUGUGUCCAUUUUUUCACUCGGAGGACUGACAGGUGCACUGAUUGCUGGACCCAUGUCAAUACGGUUCGGGAGGAAGAAGACAAUGUUGCUGAGCAAUAUCUUCCUUAUGCUGAGUUCACUCUUAGGUCUUACGAGUAGAGCAGCAAAAUCUUUUGAGAUGAUCAUCCUCUCCAGAAUCCUUGUGGGAAUUAAUGCAGGGAUCAGCAUGAAUGUUCAGCCCAUGUAUUUUGGUGAGAGUGCCCCAAAACAUCUCAGAGGAGCAGUAUCACUGUCCUCUGCUGUCUUCACAGCCUUUGGAGUGGUAUUAGGACAGAUUGUUGGUCUCAGGGAGAUCUUGGGCAGCGAGCCAUACUGGCAGUACCUGCUAGCUAGUAAUGCGGUCCCUGGGUUCAUACAGUUGCUCACAUUGCCCUGGUUCCCUGAGAGCCCCCGUUACCUCCUCAUAGACCGUGGGGACAAGGAAGCCUGCUUCGCAGCGCUGAGGCGUCUCAGGGGCUGUGAGGUAACGCCCGUCGAGAUUGAGGAGAUGCUUCAGGAGCAGGCCGAGGCGGAGGGUGUGCGUCCGCGGCGAAUGUGGGAGCUCUUCUCGGACCGUUCGGUCCGCUGGCAGGUCAUCUCCGUGGCUAUCAUCAGCAGUGCUAUGCAGCUCUGUGGUAAUGACUCGAUCUAUUUCUACGCCUACUACGUAUUUCAGGAAGCUGGCAUAGAUCCCAAUGCCAUCCAGUAUAUUACCAUUGGCACGGGCACGUGUGAAUUCACUGCCUGUAUAAUAUCUAGCCUACUGAUUGAGCGACAGGGCCGGCGCUUGCUACUGAUGGGAGGUUACGUCCUGAUGGCAUGCUGGGCUGUGGUGUUCACUGUGGCUCUGUCGUUUGAGCAUAAAGUGACUUGGAUGCCUUACCUCAGCAUGGCCUGCAUCUUUACGUAUAUACUCAGCUUUGGAAUGGGACCAGCUGGUGUAACAGGAGUGCUGCCCACAGAAAUUUUUAACCAGACAGCUCGGCCGGCUGCCUACAUGAUUGCUGGCUCCCUCAUGUGGCUGAACCUGUUCAUUGUGGGGAUGAUUUUCCCCUUCAUUGUGAAUGGACUAGGCCAGUUCUGCUUCGUUCCGUUCUGUGCCGUCUGUGUCCUCACGGCGCUCUACAUUGGCCUGUUUUUGCCUGAGACCAAAGGCAAGACCCUCCCUGUCAUUGCCAGUGAAUUUAACCGGCUCAACUUCCGCAAUCAGGAUAGGACUGGCCAAGCAGAGUACAAACUAGGGGAAGUCCAACACUCCACCGCCCUGUAGUCACAUGCAGACUCACUACUGUAACAAAGCGGUGCAAUCAAAGAUUGUGUCGUGUGACAAUCAAGGAUUUAGUCCUUGAGCCAGACCCCCUAAUUUUGGUCAAUCGGUACCAUUCAAGGGGAAUAAGUCUCAUAGUGAUUUUUGACACGAUACACCACCCUACAAUUAGACAAUAUGUGAUAGCAUUGCAUUUUGGGUAUCUUUUUGUGUUUUAUCAGCCUCUUUAUGUCCAUUGUCUGUCUA